CUCCCCAGGCUGCCCUCUCACUGCUGCAGGCUGCUUCCAGCCAGAAAGGAGCCUGGGCUGGGACAGCUGGUCCUGUACUUGCCUCUGGCAGUGCUCUGAGCUUGCCACAGCACUGGAAAGCAGUGCCCCAGCACAUGGCAUCCCAUACACACAGGCAUCCAUCCCGCAGCCUUAGGGCUGCUGCUCAGGGCAGGCAGACCAGGAGGACCCACAGGCAGUGCUCAGUGCCCUGCUGUGGACCCAGGAAAUUGUAGCUUUGUUCCUGGGCUCUGUGCACCGGCACCAUGCGGAGAGCUCAGGCUGUGCCUUGAAGUGCUUUAUUACUCACUCUCUUCUGUGAGUGGGCAAUGAGCCCAACCGUACAAGAAUUUGAGUUGGAAGAGACCCCUGAAGGCCAUCUAGUCCAACUCCCCUGCAGUGAACAGAGGCACCUACAGCUACAUCUGGUGCUCAGAGCUCCAACCGUACCCGUUCACACAGAGGAAAGUCUCUCUGGCAUGCUCUGGGGGGCUGGGGGCUGCGUCAGGCCAUGCAGCACCCUCAGUUCCUCACUCGUGUUGGCAGAAGUGCUUCAGCAUGGGGGGUAGAUCCAAGCCGUCGAUGGCCAGGCGGUGCACAAUGUGCUUCUGGAUGACCAACCGGCAGAGCGUCUGCAAGGAGGGGACUGCAAGAGAGCAAACAGAAGGAGCUGGGGUGGCUGGGACAGCAAUGUUGGGAGUGUUGUGCGUAGGGAUCCCUGCCAGCCCCUCACUUUUGGGCAGCGCUUGGGGAAUUUUCUGUUGUGGGCAGCACUCCUCCUCCUGCAGGGCUCUGCUGAGGGAGAGCUUCACCCUGCAGGGUCCUCAUGCUCUGCCCAGGCUGGAGCUCCUGCAACAGGCUGAGGCUGCAGCCAGGCUGAGCGCGGUGGCCCUGCAGUCAUGUGCCUACGCAGUGUGUUACCGUGGUGUUUUGCAUUUGUUUUCUCUCGGGGCUGCCACAUGGUUCCUCCAUAGACCCGCGUGCCCACGCAGUGAUUUCCUUUCAUCCUCGUCCCCUCGGUGGCCUGUGUGCACACCACGCUGCACGAUCAGCCUCCCACUGCAGGGGAGACUCACAUGAUGCUCCCGGGACGCGUCUUCCAUUGCCCCCCCCGAUCCCUGUGACACACGCCGUGGGCGGAUUCCUCCUCUAUGAGCUGUGGGAAGCCCCCAGCAGCGCAGGGCGGGGGGGCUGACUGCGGUGUCACGCAGCGGAGCGGGGCCCUGGGUGGUGGCCCAGCUGCUCCGCUCUCACGUGGCCACCAGCACGAGGCCUCGGGGCAGCGCCAGACAAAGCAACGUUGUACCCAGCACGGCCCCGGCCUUGGGCUGCUCCUGGAUGUCUGCAAUGCUUAUCGUAGGCCGGGGUUCGCAGCCCUGAGUGUUUGAUGCUGCCGCUGCUGUGCGCGCUGCUGCUGGCGCUGGGGCCGGCCCACGCCGCGCCCGCGGGCCACGAGGUGACGUACCUGCCCGGGCUGCCCAAGCAGCCGUCCUUCCGCCACUUCUCGGGGCAUCUGUGCAUCGGGCCGACGCAGCGCCUGCACUACUGGUUCGUGGAGGCCCAGAACAACCCGCAGGGCAGCCCUCUGGUACUAUGGCUGAACGGGGGCCCUGGCUGCAGCUCCAUGGAAGGCUUCCUGAAGGAGCACGGCCCCUUCCUGGUGCAGCCCGAUGGGGUCACGCUGAAGUACAAUGACUACGCCUGGAAUAAGAUUGCCAACAUGCUCUACCUGGAGUCCCCUGCAGGCGUUGGCUUCUCAUACUCCGAGGACAAGAAGUAUGCCACCAAUGACACCGAGGUCGCACACAACAACUACCUGGCGCUGAAGGAGUUCCUGCGACUCUUCCCUGAGUACUCCAAGAACGACCUCUUCCUCACGGGGGAGAGCUACGGUGGUGUCUACAUCCCCACGCUGGCAGAGUGGGUGAUGCAGGACCCCAGCCUUAACCUCAAGGGAAUCGCUGUGGGAAACGGCCUCUCCUCCUAUGAGAUCAACGACAACUCCUUGGUGUACUUUGCCUAUUACCACGGCCUGCUGGGCACCCAGCUGUGGAAGGACUUGCAGACUUUCUGCUGCUCCGAAGGGAAAUGCAACUUCCAUGACAACUCCAACCUGAACUGCACACUUAAGAUGGCAGAGAUGAUUGAGAUUGUAGAGGAGUCUGGACUCAACAUCUACAACCUCUAUGCCCCGUGUGCUGGCGGUGUUCCUGGAAGCAUGAGGUACGAGGGUGACUAUCUCGUCACACAUGACCUGGGAAACUCCUUCAUCCGGAUGCCAAUGAGGUUCUCCUGGCGCCAGAACCUGUUCCGGAUGCCUGUAGCCCGCAAUAAGGUGCGGAUGGACCCACCGUGCACCAACUCCACAGCACCGACCAUGUACCUGAACUCCCCAGAAGUGAGGAAGGCUCUCCACAUCUCCCCCGAUGCCCCAGAGUGGCAGGUGUGCAGCUUCGAGGUGAACCGCAGCUACAAGCGCCUGUACAUGCAGAUGAAUGACCAGUACCUGAAACUUCUUGGAGCCAUGAAAUACAGAAUCCUGGUGUACAAUGGGGAUGUCGACAUGGCCUGCAAUUUCCUUGGGGAUGAGUGGUUUGUGGAUUCCCUGUGCCAGAAGGUGCAGGUGGCUCGCCGGCCUUGGCUCUACACUGUAGGAGGUGAGAACCAGAUCGGGGGCUUCGUCAAAGAGUUCACCAACAUUGCCUUCCUCACUGUCAAGGGAGCUGGCCACAUGGUGCCUACAGACCAGCCCCUCGCUGCCUUCACCAUGUUCAGCCGUUUCAUUAAGAAUGAGCCGUACUAGGAGCUGGGAAGGCUGUGCCCAGGGCCUCGGGCUGCCUGCAUACACCAGUCACCUCCUGCACAGCUCAUCCUCACUGCCACUCAGCUGCACCGGGGCUCCCCUGUGUCAUGAACAAAGUCACUACUGCAGCUGGUGGGGAUCCCCCCUGGCCCCAGCUCAGCCUGGAGGUGGGCUUUCUGCAGGCUGCAGGGAGAGGAAGCCCCGGGACUCCAUCCCUGCCAGCAGCUGCAGCUGUUUCUUUGCUGUGGCUUUCUGUCUCUGGAGGCAAGUACUUCCCUCUUGGGGUGGGAGCAGUCCUUACCACUUCCCCAUGCCCUUUGGCCUCUGCACGCACAUGGCCUGGGCAGGCUCUGAGCCAGUUGCUCUCUGCUAAGCACAGUUGAUGUGGUGGCUGUGGGCUGCCCUGCAGGGGCUUUCUGCUCCCCUUGAAACCACUUCCAACCUGGCCUCAGUGAAAGGCAACUUACAAUAAAGACAAUCUCACUGCCUAGGUCACACAGUGCUCUUGGGAACCCGCAAUAAACUCUGAAUAAGGUG